AUGCCAACAGCCACACGAAACACGAUAGAAACAACAACGAAAAACGCUGGUUCAUUCACUUCUCACGGCCAACCAGCCAAAGCCCACACGCUGCCAUCACGCGACACGCUCCCCGAGCGCGUCCCCACGGACACACACACACACGCACACAGAGAGAGAGAGAGAGAGAGAGAGAGAGAGGAAAACAUCAACAACACCACUCUGUGCGACGAUCGACAGCAGCCCAAACCCCGCCAACCGCCGCCGGUCCACACCGCCCACAUCCCCCUCCACCCCCCACCCAAUAACCUCAACCAAACCCCAACACAGACACCGACGCCCUGA